CUUACCAAGUCCAAAAGAAACAAAGCAGACCGCGACUUUUGCGACUCGCGUGAAAGCUGUCUCUCCUAAAAGGGCCAAAACCCUAUAUCUCCGAUCUUCUUCUCUCUAGGGUUCGUCUAUCUUGGCGAAAAUGGCCGAUUCUCCUCGCAAAAGGUAUUCACGGUCCCCUUCCCCUAUUAGAGCUCAGUCCAGGUCCCGAUCUAGAUCUAGACCUAGAUCCAGAUCCAGGUCUUGGUCUAGACCUAGGUCUAGGUCCAGAUCUAGAUCCUGGUCCAGGCCAAGGCCCAGAUCCCAGUCCAGAGGUCGUGGCAGGUCAAGAUCCAGAAGUCAUGGCAGGUCUGAGGUUGUAAACCCUGGGGAUACCCUUUAUGUAACUGGUCUCUCCCAAAGGGUCACAGAGAGGGACCUUGAAGAGCACUUCUCUAAGGAGGGAAAGGUAGCUUCCUGUUUCCUUGUGGUGGAGCCUCGUACGCGUAUCUCACGUGGUUUUGCUUUUGUUACGAUGGAAAAUUCUGAGGAUGCCAACCGUUGUGUUAAAUAUCUCAACCAAUCAGUUCUCGAAGGUCGUUAUAUAACUGUAGAAAAGUCACGGAGGAAACGAGCGAGAACUCCUACACCAGGGCACUAUCUUGGGCUGAAAAAUACCAGAGACUAUGGCCCUCGUGGCGGUGACCGUGGCGGUGACCGUGGUGGUGACCGUGGUAGGUAUCGUGGACGUGAGGACUAUGGGUAUCGUAGAUCUCCUAGGCGCUCACCAUAUCGAGGGGGUCGUGAUUAUUCUCCCAGACACUCACCACCCCAUGGUGGAAGAACAAGAAGGGACAGGUCCAGGUCGGUUCCUUAUUCUCCUAGCCCGGAAAGGAAAUAUGCUCGUGGUUCUAGGUGAUGCUUUUAGGUUUUGGCAUCCUCUGUGGAGGGGAGACUUUGAAUUUUGUGAAACAGUUAUGGUAUUGUAAUGAUCUUUGGUUUGCACUGAACGUAGGCAGAUGCUCAUGUUUGGUUGGAAGGCAAUGUGGUGUUUUCCUUGUUUUGUAGUCACUGCCUCUCAAAUGGUAGGUUUGUUGUUUUUGAUUGAUGACUUGGUAUGUAUUAACCUAAACCUUUUUGGGUAUUAAGAUCAAUGGACUUUUUUGGGUGUUAACAGUA